UAUCGCCGGGGCGCAUGAAUGCAGCUCGGUCAAAAGUCACCCAAAGGUUGGGAGGUCACUUGCAAUGAAAAGAUGAGGGGAGCAGCUUCUCAGAGCCUCGGAGCGGUGCCGGGACAAAGAUGAGUCGCACACUAUAGAAAAUGUGGCGCUUUAUGUCUUCCCACCUGACCGUGGCAUCUCUGAGCUCCGUGUGAAUGAGGGACGGUGGUAAAUUGAGCGACGUCUAGACAAGGAGGGCGUAAACAACAUGUUUUGCAAGACAUGAUGCGACACGCCCCGUGUUUGGCUUUCAUGCUUUCAGCCUCCCACUAAACGACUCUAAACAACAUGCUUUGAUUUGGGAAAGAAAACUAGGAUCUGCUUAUGUUGAAAAAAAUGAAAGAUCUCCAAAUGGAUGGAAAUGCCUGCGGAAGAAUUACAUACUCAAGCCUUUUCUUUUCUCUCUUUUCCCUUAAAAAAAAAAAAAAAGAGAAUACGGCUUAUGACCUCUUUAAAAUGAAUGACACCUCUGUAUAUUCAGUCUGGACACAUUUAACCUUGUAUUUCUCACCGGAAUGUGUACGUCCGUGCGCAAAGUUGUUGGGACAGCUUGCUACUACUGGCCCACGUUUUCUUUGAUGUUUUUACAGUGUUUGUCCAGUUGCUGAGCGCAUGGUGUUGCUUCAUAAAAGUUUCAGACUCUGGACGAGCGUGGGGGCGGUCAGGGGGGCUGCCCUUUCCACCUCCAUUCACACUCUGAAAGGCUGAUGUUGCGUCGUCAACUCUCAUUGUGCAGUUUCGUUCGCUUCUGUCGCUGUUCGGGGAAAAAAACGACCUAAAUGAGCUUUUGCUUUAUGUUUGUUUCUCUGUUUGUUUUGAAGAUCAAAGCAAGUAUUUCGUGCAGCCGAGAAGUUGGAUAAUUUUUUUUUUUUAAAAAUAACUUAAUUUCAGGAACAUACUUUUUUGGUAGAUGGCCGGCGUAUGGGAAUCCGUCUUGAUUGUUGGGAAUGCUGCAGCUCUCCUCUCUGCGUACAGCACACUGACGCUUGUUUCCAUAACGUUUACGCGCAAAACGGACGACCACUUAUAAUAUCGACAGUUUUCUUCCAAAUGUGCAGAGCUGGAUGAGUUAUGGAAUUUAUAAUAGGGUGGCUCAUGCAGAACAGCAACAAUGUAUAAAUUCCUGGAGGAUAUAAAGGAUAAACCUUUGCAAAAUGCACCCAAAUCAAAUAGACGAUUAGGAUGGAUACGAGCAUAUUUUUUCAUCAUCUUGGUUUGCAAAACACCUGGUCCUUCCCGGAGUGCAAGUGUGGCAGGAACCAAAGUUGAACACGAAGGACUUUGUCCUAAUAAACUGAAUUCCAAUCUCUGGGUUGAUGCGCAAAGCACCUGCGAGAGAGAAUGUUCCGUCGAUGAGGACUGUGCUGACUUUGAGAAAUGCUGCACCAACGUGUGUGGCCUCAACAGCUGUGUGGCUGCACGUUUCUCUGAUGGCACCUCAGCCCAGCCAGGUGGAGGGAAGGCAGACGCUGACCCGAGCUCCACAGCUACAUGCGAUGGAUUUAUCUGCAGCCAGCAGGGAGCGACUUGUGACAUCUGGGACGGCCAACCCAUCUGCAAGUGUCAGGACCGCUGUGAGAAAGAGCCCAACUUCACCUGUGCCUCAGAUGGCCUCACCUAUUUCAACCGCUGCUACAUGGAUGCAGAGGCCUGCAUCCGGGGGGUCACUCUAACUGUGGUCGCCUGCCGCUUUUACCUUGCUGGGCCCCACACCAGUCCAUUGCCUCAGGACACUACAGCUCACCCCACCCCUACAUCAUCCCAAGAGGACCCAAUGCCCCCCACUCUGUACUCCAACCCUCACCACCAGUCCAUCUAUGUUGGAGGCACAGUCAACUUCCACUGUGACGUUAUUGGAGUCCCCAGACCUGAUGUAACAUGGGAGAAACAGAGUGAACGGCGUGAGCGGCUGGUCAUGAGACCUGACCAGAUGUAUGGCAAUGUGGUUAUAACCAACAUAGGACAACUGGUUAUUUACAACGCUCAGGUGUGGGAUACAGGUAUCUACACCUGUAUUGCAAGGAAUUCAGCAGGGGUUCUUCGUGCAGACUACCCGUUGUCUGUCAUCCGCAGGGCCGAUGAUGAUUUCUCUGAAGACCCUGAGAUGCCAAUGGGGCGGCCGUUCUCUCCAGCUGACUGUCUGGCAGAGGUGGACCUGAGAACAUGCAGUGGAGAGCGCCAUGUGGACUGGUACUAUGACAGCAAAGUGGCCUCCUGUCUGGCCUUCAGCAAUGGUGGGUGUGAUGACAGCCGCAAUCGUUUCGAGACUUUUGAGGAGUGCAAGGCAUCCUGCCAGCGAGAGGGGAUGGGAAUAUGUUCCCUACCUGCUGUUCAAGGUCCUUGCAAAGCCUGGGAGGCUCGGUGGGCAUGGAAUUCCAUCAUGAAACAAUGCCAAGCCUUUGCCUACGGUGGCUGCCAUGGGAAUGCCAACAGCUUCCAGACCAAAAAGGAGUGUGAGGCCAACUGUCCACAACCAAAAAAGAGGCCUUGUAAGACUUGCCGGGUAAAGGGGAAAAUGGUGCCCAGCUUGUGUCGAAGUGACUUUGCCAUUGUGGGGCGGCUGACCGAGCUGGUUGAGGAUCUGGACUCUGGGUUAGCCCGCUUCAGCCUGGAAGAAGUCCUCAGAGAUGAAAAGAUGGGUUUGACUUUCUUCAACACCAAGCACCUAGAGGUGACUAUUGCCAAGAUAGACUGGAGCUGUCCCUGCCCCAACAUCACUGUGGAGGAAAACCCUUUGCUGGUAAUGGGUGUAGUGCAGGAUGGGAUGGCAAUCAUCCAGCCGGACAGCUACGUCAGAGCCAUAACUGAGCGUAGACUCAAGAGGCUGCGUGAGAUUGUGGGCAAAAAGGGCUGUGAUACAUCGUAAAACUCCCAAGACUUUAAGACUUGUUAGAGCAGAAUCAGAUAUUUAAUUAUUCUUUUUUAAUUCAAUGUUAAAUGUUACAAGGAACAUUUUGUAUGUUCAGUACAACACAGGUUUUUCUACAUUCCAGAUAUAUCCUGAGCGUUAAUCUAAAUGCUAAAAUGAACUUUUUUGUUGUAAAGUGGUCUUUCCUGUUAUACAGUGACUUCUGUCCAUAUGAUUUACUGAUUCAUAUUUUCUAUAAAAUGCAUCACACAGUCAUAACUAAUUUUUCAUAUUAUAUUGAGGUCUUCUUACUUGAACAGAGUUAGCUGACAUUGAACACACUUUCCUAUUACGUUACACUCCUUUUUAUUUAUAUUUAAACGUUGAAGUUUAUUGUAUUCAUUUAUAUGAUACUAUUCAGAAUUUGCUGAAAGUAGGUGAUUUUUUGCUGCAGGAAUUCAGCAGUGUAAUUAUGUAAGAAAGUAAACUUCAGUUGUCACUCCUGCAUGUGUUUUGCUCACUGGUAACUUACUAAAGAUAUAAAUUUGACAUUGUUCUAAAAGUUAUAUAGGAGGUACCCUGGGUAAAUGGUAAUAACUCAUAAUUCUAUGGGUAAGUUAGCCAAAGUUGGACACCUCUAGAUUCCAUUAGGGGUAAAAGUUGUACUAGAAUUUCAUGGAAUGCACAUUAUUAUUAUUUUUUUUAAAUGUAGUUUUUCUUAGUCACUGAGCUUGGUCACUAUGAAUUCUUAAACAUAUCACUCCUGAUACAGUGCUUUUUUUAUGUAAAAGGAACAACCCCAAAUAUGUAUUUUUUAAUGUAUUUUCAAUGUUUUUAUUCUGAAAAAUAGUAGUUGUUAUAAUAGGAGCCAUACAAGUGGGUGAGCUUGUAUACUGCAUAACUUGUGAUACUAAAGAAAGACACCUUUGUUUAUAUUAUUGUUUUUUAUUAUGUUUUUGUUGUAGUACGUUGUGUUUAUUGUACACUGGACUAUUUAAAUUCUUCACACCACCAUUUACACUGGCAUUCCAUUGUUUUUAUUGUUACAGUUUGUGUGCUUUCAAAGUGAAAUUUCCAGUGCAUUCUAUGUUCAAUAUCUUCCUCUCCAAAGCACUUCUCCCACGUUAGUUUUCUGACAGCCUCUAAAAAAUGAAUAAGG